UUUUCAUCUUUUCCCCCUCAGUUCACGUGUGUACCACUGUAACCUGUCCGGCGGAAGUUGUGCUCACGGCCUUAUCACAAAAGAAAUGGCGAGCGGUAUCGGCAAACACAAGAUACUGAAUGUAGGGCCAACAGAGCCCUGGUCAGUCAGGGAGAAACUGUGCCUGGCCUCUUCUGUCAUGAGGAGUGGUGACCAAAACUGGGUGUCUGUAAGUAGAGCCAUCAAGCCUUUCUCAGAGCCUGGCCGUCCACCUGACUGGUUCUCACAGAAGCACUGUGCCUCACAAUACUCAGAGCUGCUAGAGGCCACAGAAGCACCAAAGCGUAAGCGUGGUGAGAAGGGUGAAGUGGUCGAAACCAUUGAAGAUGUCAUCGUUCGUAGGCUAACCACAGAGAGGAUAGAGGAACUGAAAAAACUAUUGCGAGACACACAAGAACAGUACAGAAAGUUGAAGAAAGAGGUGGAUCUGAUACAGACGGGUCACAUGGACUCCCAGUUGAAGGAGCUGUGGGCAGAAAUCACACUAAAAAAGAAGCAGGAUGAGGACGAAGCAGAACAGAAGAGGAAAGCCACAGAAACAGCGUACCAAGCUCGUCAGGCAGUGAAAAACACACCUAAGCGUCUGCCAAGUGUAACUGUCCGUUCUCCUCUGGGUGCCAGCCCCCCCACCAUGGACUCUCAGGCCGACUCUUCGGCCCCAACGCCGCCCAUGGAUACAGGAGGUGUUGGCUCUGAUGACACCACCACCACCACCACUACCACUACCACCCACUCAGUUGCCCAGGGGGUCGGAGUGUUUCUUCCAGCGACGGAUGCUCCAGGCCCAGGGCACAAAGAUGGAGGCCUGGCCUCUUUAGUGGAUGACUCAGCACAAAAGAGACUCCUAACGCAAAAGGCAACACCGCCGCCCUCGCCUCUCCUGUCAGAACUGCUGAAAAAAGGCAACCUCAUCUCAGCCAGCCCCCGCCUGGUUGGGGAAGGAGAUUCUACUGGAACCCUCACAAAUGGAGUACAAACAGCCACCGCAGCCACUGCUUUACCACCUGGUCAUGAUGUCAUCACAGAGGGUGAAGCAGAAGCUGCAGUGAAGGCAGAGCUUGGUGAGGAGACGGGGUUGGUAGAAGAGGACCUUGUAGCAGUGUCUUACAUGGGAGACGAACUGGACCUGGAGACAGUAGGAGACAUCAUUGCCAUCAUAGAGGAGAAGGUCGAUGACUCUGUGGAAGCCUUGGACGCAGCAGCAGUGGAAGCAGCGCUCUCUCUCUGCGAAGAGGCCGUCUCAGAAGGACACACCCUCCCUGGCCCCUGGGAGACGCAGGAACUGAAGGCUUCAGACCCAGCACCCACAGUCCAAGACUCUGAUCCCACACAGGAGCCUCAGAAUGCGGCCACAAUAUCAGCCCUGAUUCCUGCCAGCAUAGAGCCCCAGAGUCAACCAGAAACUAAAAGAGAACAACAGCUGAAGGGAAACUGUGAGGGACCUGAGGUGGCAGGAAGUGAUGUCACCUCUUCUGUCACCUCUGACGACGGUGUAACAGGAAGUGAGGUCACGGAGGAGGGCGCGGCAGGGAAGGAGGUCACUGAAGCGACAGUCAAGAGUGAAGGAGAGGAAUGGAGCCAGCCAGAGCCCAACCCGCCCUGCCUAGACUCUGAGGACAGCUCUGUGUCGGGGAAAGAGUCCAAGGAGGUGAAGGAGGAGGAAGCAGGGAGUGAGGGUGACCCAGAGGAAGGGAUGGAGCUGAAAGAGGAGUGCGGAGAGGGGGAGGGUCCCUAUCUGUCAGAGGUGGAGCGGGCAGCCAGCGAGAGUGAAGACGGUUACGGCCCACCCUCCCAACGCUACACAGCAGAUUCACUGGCCAGCAGUCCGGCCUCAUCUUCUCAGCUAUCUACGUGUGGUGAGGACCAGGAGGCAGUGCAGGCCCAGAAGAUCUGGAAGAAAGCCAUUAUGCUGGUGUGGAGAGCCGCAGCCAACCACAGGUAUGCCAGUGUCUUCUUGCAGCCUGUGUCAGAUGACAUCGCACCUGGUUACCACAGCAUCGUACACAGACCCAUGGACCUGUCAGCCAUCAAGAAGAACAUUGAGUCCGGCGUGAUCCGCACAACAGCAGAGUUCCAGCGCGACAUUAUGCUGAUGUUUCAGAAUGCCGUCAUGUACAACUCGUCGGACCACGAUGUGUACCACAUGGCACUGGAGAUGCAGCGUGACGUCUUGGAGCACGUCCAGCAGUUCCUGGCCACCCAGCUUAUCAUGCAGACCUCGGAGAGCGCCAUCUCCGCCAAGAGCCUCCGCGGCAGGGAAGGAAACCGUAAGCCUGGGGAGCCAGCUGAGAAGGACAGUGUCCCAAUGGCCUCUCCUGCUUUCCUUCUCUCUCUUUUUGUAAGUAUUCAGGUUCUCCCUCAGAUUGCACCAGAACCAGGCCACGCUCCGCACACGCUUGUCUCAACGCAAACACACACACACACGUAACAUGAUAUGUACACAUCUGUCUGUACCUCUCAUCUCUUUUCUUUCUCUCGAUUCAGUUUGAUUUUAGUGGCAUUAAGGAAACAUAACUGCUCCAGAAAUAAAACUAGUACAGAGUCAUUAGAGUGAUUUCUCCUAAUUUAAAGUCUAAGUUAAUAUGAUUUAAAGCAGGUGUUUUCAACCAGGAGUCCAGGGGUCCUCAGGGGUCCUUGAGGGAGUUCCAGGGGGUUCCAAGUAAACCUAAUGUGAGUUAGAGACGUAAGAGUUCUUAUCUCAUCAUCUGUAUUGGCAGCUGUCGAACUCCAGUCUUAAUCUAAUAACCCAAAACUUUUCAGAUGGAGGUCCCUGAAGGUAAAUCUCAUCAAAUAGAGGUCCAUGACCUAAUCUGUAUCAAUUAGGGAUGGCAACAAUUAACCUUUAAUCUGUUAACUGCAGAGAAUAUGGGUUAAUUUUGCUGCUCUUCAGUUUACUGCACUGCACACCACCUGGGUCUGGUAGGAGCUAGCUAGCGGCACCACUCAUGUGGCCAUUACUGGUAGUAAUGCUGUCCCUUAAUACACCCAGGGUCCCAACCCAACAGCAUUGCUGUAGAAACAUUGCCCUCCACCCUUUAGUGUCCCUUUAGCUCACCCUGUUGCGUAAGAGGCUCAAUUGUGAGAUAUAAAACCCCUCUAGAAUUUCUUUUUACUGUCAGCAUGGCCAGUAGAGCUAAUAUAGUAAAUAAUGCUAAAGGGGUUAUACGGUUCAGAUUAAAGCCAUUUACUCACCUGAGGGUGGGCACAAUAUUUCCACAGCAACGCGUUCUGCCACCAGGAUGAGGUUUGAGUUCUAAUCACUGAAUAAGUGGUGCGGCUAGCUAGCUAAAGUUAGCUCCUUCCCAACCCGGAUUGUGUGCAAUGCAGCGCGGCCAAUAACCAGGGGAGACUAGAGGGUGGGCAGUGGGCAUGUUCCCACACGUUAAUGCGACUGGCCGGCUGCCAACAGAAUUAAAAUAAAAGGAAAGAUAUUUACAUCAGAAAACAUUCAGCUUUAACCACCACUUAUUGGAUAGCACUUCAAAAUUCAGCACUAUUGCUCACAGUGGAGAGCUGGACCAAAGGAAAGACCUCUUAUAUUUCCUUUUUCUUGUUUUGAACUGUGCAGUUACUGUUUAAUGGGUUUUGGCCUUUCAAAAGCACGGUUAACUAAAACUUACAUCACUCAUAUCAGUAUAGGGGCCCUUGACAUGACAAAAGAUUGGGAAUCAAUUGGAAGUAAAAGUUGGAAAUAAAUAAUGUAUUUUUUUAAGAGUUUAACAAUCCUGACUGGUGAAUAGAAGUAUGUGACAUCACCUUUUUUGAGCUGAGCCACAGUCACUUUAAACCAGCUCAGACCAAAGUAUACACAAAUACACAAAUAUUAAAUGUGAAAUAACCAAAAAUGUAACUUAAUAAUAAUGUAAUAUAGGUUUUAUGGCCUUUACAUGAGAUUGUAUUUGUUUUCUCUUUGAUUUCCUGUCAGUCAAACAUGACGCAACUUCUUUAACUUGAGACAUGUUGGACUCUGGACUGUUUCUCUAAUGAUUCUUUGUUUUUAAUAGUUACCUGGUCUAUCAGGUUUUACAACAGCUGUGAUGACAAGGUGAAAGACGACCAUUAAGGUACUAAACUUUAGUAUCAAAUACUCAGCAGUACUGAAGAAGAAAGAACCAGUCCCUCAGCACUCAGCCAUGUGCAGCUGUGUUGUGUGGAAAACAAUGAAAGGGCGUCUUUGUUUCUCACUCUUCCUCUCUCUGACAGUUACACACACACACACACACACACACACACACACUGUCCGUGCCACCCUCAUAAACUUUAAGUUCUGUUUUGACACAAUAUCCUCACCAUACACACAUACACACAAGCUCAGGUAACCUUUCAUCACCCAAGCUUCCGUCGACCUUCGGUUAAUGACCCCAUGCUGGUUUCCUGUGUUUUUCUGUUCACGUGCGACUGUCUGUGUCUCUGCAUGUUCUAAUUUCUUUUCUCCUUCUUUUCUUUUGAAUUCUUCCUUUAAUUUUGAUCAUCAUCGUUUUUUUUUUCUGUUCUUCAUUUGGGGAGGAAGCCUUCCGAGGUGGACUGUGCUGUGUUUUUUGUGCAGAGCUCAGUCGCGUGAGGAGGUCCGCCGACGGGCCUCUCUUCACUCACUCCAACUGACCUUUGACUUUUACAUCCUCAUGUGAUUUUUGCUUUCUGGCUCUCUCUGUUACUUUCUCCCUGCUUCUCCUCGUCUGUCACUCUG